AAAGAGCUGUGGGCUGCUUGUCUGCCUGACAGCUAUAAAAUAUUCUUCUUAUCCACAGCUUGGAAGCUGUAAAGGACAGAGCUUCACACUACAGAUUGGCUAUUCUUUAUUGUUCCCAGUUUGGAGAUCUGUGGUUUUUAUGGAGUCCCUAAAUCAACACCUGGAAUGUCUCAAACUCUUUGGAGAUGAAACUGAAGAUCAGAUCCUUGAAAGUCUAAAUGGGAUUCUUCUGGCUCUUGCUGAAAACAAGCAAAGAUCCUCCAGCUUACUCACAGACACUGGGAUUUUCCCAACUUUAGCUCAAAUUCUCAAAGGCAAUCCAAGCUGUGCAGUAAAGGCAGCCCAGGUGAUUGCAGAGAUAGCAAAGAAUGAGGAAAUGAAGAAGCCAUGUAUCGAUGCAGGUUUGGUUCUAGCUUUGGUACCUCUGCUGGAAAGCACGGACCAAGAGAUGUUGCUUCAUGCUGGGAGGGCAAUUGGCCGCAUCUGCUAUGAAAACAGUGACCUUCAGGAGCAGCUGGUGGAGGCAGGAGUGAUCACAUCACUGGUCAGGAUAUUAACUGACUACCCAGACAGUGAGCCACUUGUCCGUGUCAACCUGUUGGCCUUAUGCAACCUUGCAAACCUAGUGAUAGCUAAGGAGGCACUAAGCAAGACAAAGGUUGCUGAACAUCUAGUGAAGCAGCUGAGAAGGGCAGAGAAUCAUCAGAGGAUAGAAACCAUCAUUGAGGUUCUACAGAUGCUAGCGGAGAAUGAUGCUUUGAAAGUGCAAAUGGUAGAGGCGGGUGUGCAUGAGGCACUGUCAGAGAUCCUGCUGAGGCUCCAGGGAAGUUCACAGGCAGAAGAUAUGUGCAGUGUGAAGGCUGCAUCAAAUCUCAUUGUGUCUCUGCUCCUUGGAGAUGAAUCCAUGCAGAAGAUGUUUGCUAAUGGAUGUGGCAUUAUCUACCAGAAGGUUGGUACCUGGCUUGCAUCCAAUCACCCCCAGCUGCAGCUAACAGGAGCACUGGCUGUUGCUAACUUUGCCAGGAAUGAUGGCAACUGCGUACGGAUGGUGCAGCUGGGAGUGGUACUUCAGCUUUUGGACCUUUUAGAGCAACACGUGGACAAUGGGGAUGUUUCUGUUCAACAUGCUGCACUGAGUGCCCUUCGAAACCUUGCUAUCCCAGUUGCUAACAAGGUUCAGAUGCUGGAGGAAGGCGUAGCAGAGCGGAUCCAGAUGCUUUUGAGAUCAGAGAUGGCUCCUGUGCAGUUUAAACUUCUUGGAACACUGCGAAUGUUAAUAGAUGGUCAAGCUGACACUGCAGAGAUGCUGGGACAGGACCCCCUGCUUAUCAACAGACUUGUGCAAUGGUGUGAUGCCCAGGAACAUGCUGGUGUUCGUGGAGAAGCAAACCGAUUGCUGGCAUCGCUUUUGCGGCACAGCAGAUCCCAAGAAGUGGUCAAAGCCAUCCAGCAGGCACAAGGAAUGAAGCACCUGGUUUCCAUGACAACAAGCGAACAUGUUAUCAUGCAGAAUGAAGCUCUGAUUGCACUGGCCAUAGCAUCUGCAAUUAAUUUAGAAGUCAUCAAAGAUUCACUUAAGGAGUCGAGGCUAGUUCAAAGCUUACAUAAGCUUCUACAAGAUGAGUGCACAGGUCCUGAGGUGAAAUAUAAUUCAAUGGGCCUCCUGUGCAGCCUUCUUAAUUCAGGUGAUUUAAAACAAGAAGUAGAAGAGGACAACAUUAAAGAAACCUUGGAAAAACUUUGUAGCCAUAGUAAUGCAAAUGUGGUCAAGCAGGCUGUAAUGACUCUCCAGAUACUGAGAGAUGAGAGUCAAAACACCGGCUUUGUUUCGCCAUAGCUGUUGGUGCUGCUUUCUCUGGCAGCUGGGGUAUUUCAAGAAAAUGUUAUCUUUUGCCAACAGCCGCCAUAUUUAUCAUGUUGAUGUCCACUAAAUACUAUUAAACACAGUGCAGGCUACAGCUCUCGUUGACAUGUAGGGCCUCAUUUUCGAAACUGUACAUGGAACACUGUAUAUCCAUUUGUACAUCUAGUUUGCACCCACACCGUGUUACUUCAGCUUCAGGUACUCACAGGCAAUUCAAGGCCGUAACUACACUACCGCAGGGA